AUGGCGGACACAGCUGAUCAGAAUACACCUCUUGCGCCUGUUGCGCCCGUUGCGCCCGUUGCGCCUGAGAAGCCUGAGCAAACCGUGGAAGCAGUCGACAAGGCCGUGGAAACUCCUGCGCCUGUUGCUGAAAACACCGAACAGACUGCAGACAAAGAUGAACCUGCCAGUGCCCCAGUCAAGGAGGAAAUAGCAAAAAAUGAUACUACUGCCGCCACCACUGCCACUGCAGAGUCUGAAGCGACAAAGCCCGAAGAGCCCAAGGAUGAGAAGCCAGCCUACCUGAGCAAGAACCCGGCGUUGGACGAGUUGUUCAACCGCCUGCCAACCAUCCUCGGGAGCAUUGGUCACACUGAGAUGUGGGGAGUGCCUCUCAAAGAUAGCGAUGAUAUUCCUACCGUCAACGUGUUGAUCAAGUUCCUACGCGCAAAUGAAGGCAAUGCCAAAGCCGCCGAGACCCAGCUCAGCAAGGCACUCCAGUGGCGCAAGGAAGUGAACCCGCUGGCAUUGGCUGAGUCCGCGAAAUACAGCGCAGCCAAAUUUGGGGGUUUGGGAUACCUGACCACCUACGAGGAGAACGGUCGGCCCUUGGUGUUCACUUGGAACACCUACGGAGCCGUGAAGGAUAUCAGUGUGACAUUCGCAGAUGCCGAUGAAUUUGUCAAAUGGCGCGCCGCUCUCAUGGAACUCGCUGUGCAGGACCUGAAGAUGAAGGAUGCCACUGAGGUCAUUGAGUACGACGGCGAGGAUCCUUACCAGAUGAUCCAAGUGCACGAUUACAUGAAUGUCAAGUUCUUCCGUAUGGAUCCAUCUGUCCGUACCGCAACAAAGAAGGUCAUCGAAGUGUUCGCUACGGCAUACCCAGAGCUUCUGAGUGAGAAGUUCUUCGUCAACGUUCCUGCCAUCAUGGGCUGGAUGUUCACUGCUAUGAAGUUUAUCCUGAGCCGAAACACCACGCGCAAGUUCCACCCGAUCACGAACGGUGCCAACCUCGCCCGGGAGUUCUCUCCUUCGAUUGCUGCACAAAUCCCCAAGGCUUAUGGUGGAAAUGGUCCGGAGCUGAAGGAGAAUGCUAGGUUCAUCCCAUUGGUGGAGGACUCGGAACAGGAAACCGAGGACAAGGGCAAGUCUCCCGAGGAGCCUACUGUUGCUGAGCCCAUCAAGGAGGAGGCGCCAUCGAAGGAAGAAUCCCCCAAGGUGGAGGCACCCCAGGAGGAGACUGCUAAGGAGUCUGCCAAAGCAGAUGCUACUAAGGUUGAGUCUCUGAAGGAAGAGCCUGCGAAGGAUGGAGCCCAGUAG